UGCGCGACGGCCUGGGAAACGGGGCAAGAUGGAGGAGGCUGAGGAGGGUGUUUCGGAGCCGGCGGUACCCUCCUCUGCCCCAAUUUCAUUUACUUUCAGUCGCACGUCCGCCCGCAGACGACUAGCAGAGUCUGGAGAUGGUGCGGGUGCGGCCCUGGAGGAGAAGGACUUUUUGCGAACCGUGGAAGGAAGGGAACUGCACAGUGUGAAACCCACAGAAGCCCCCAAGGAGCUUGUGAUUCCUCUGAUCAAGAAUGCCUGUCGUAGGCAGCCAGCAACCCAGGCCCCUGGGGCAUCCACAGACACAGAGGUGGAUGGGGUCCUGUCACAGGCUGUGAAGGAACUCAUUGAAGAAUCCAAGAAGUCUCUGGACGAGAGAGAGAACGCGGGUAUCGACCCCACACUUGCUAUUCCCAUGAUCCAGAAAGGAUGCACUCCCAGCGGGGAAUGGGCAGACAAAGAACCCCAGGCUGAUACAAAGCCUGAGGAAGCUGAUUACGAGGCAGUCCCCGUGGAGGCCUACGGGCUGGCCAUGCUGCGGGGCAUGGGCUGGAAACCUGGCGAGGGCAUCGGCCGCACCUUCAACCAAGUGGUGAAGCCCCGUGUCAAUGCACUGAGGCCCAAAGGGUUAGGGCUGGGUGCCAAUCUGGCCGAGGUCCAGGACCUAGCCCCCCCUGGCUCACAGCGCCUGCUGAAGACAGAUGAGCAGGAGAAGGACAAGGAAGACCAGCCCAAAGGACUGGUGCCUGGAGGAGCCGUGCUGGUCCUUUCUGGUCCCCACCGAGGCCUUUAUGGGAAGGUGGAAGGCCUCGAUCCUGACAAUGCCCGGGCCAUGGUCCGCCUGGCUUCGGGGAGCCGCGUGGUGACGGUUAGUGAGUACUGCCUGAGGCCCAUCUCCCAGAAGGAAUUUGAUAAAAAGUCCUCAGAUCCCAGCCAGGUGAGCAGAAGUUCCUCAGGGGAUCAGAACGGAACAGCCACAUCGAAGGCCCAGCGGGGUCAGGAACUCCAUGUUCGAUGGGAGGACACAGAGCGGAAGCGGAAACACCUUCCAGACCGACACAGUAGGCCUGCAGCCAAGAUGGGACCGGCGGUGGCCACCCACAGUCAGCACUGGUUGCACAGAGACCUCCGAGUGCGGUUUGUAGACAAGCUCCACAAGGGUGGCCGGUAUUAUAACACCAAGAUGACCAUCGAAGACGUCCUGAGCCCAAGUACUUGUGUAUGUAAGACGGAUGAAGGCCGGAUCUUGGAAGGACUUAGGGAAGACAUGCUUGAGACACUGAUCCCCAAGGUGGAGGGCAACCGGGUGAUGGUGGUGCUAGGACCCAAGGCUGGAAGGGUGGGACGACUGUUGGACCAAGACAGAGAGCGGAGCCGGGCUCUUGUGCAACUGCGGAGAGAGAACCAGGUGUUGGAACUUCACUAUGACGCAGUCUGCCAGUACGUGGGCCCCAGCGACUCGGAGGAAGACUGAGCUGGGGACCCAGACCCCUGGCACUAGUCCUGCACAGCAUGGAAAGCCAGCCUGCACACAAGUGGAGAGGGGGUCAUGGUUCCUUCCCUCCAUUCUUGGCACUUUUAGAGUUGACCCAGAAGCCAGACAAGAACCAAACUCCAUAUUCCCCAGAGAUUAGUCUGUAAUAAUAAUAGUAAAUAAAACUGGAAAACAUUUCAAAUGCCGAACUUCAAAAAUAUGCUUUAACAUACUGGGCUGAACCGUUGACGUGAAUAGAGAUGGGGGCUAUUCCAUUUGUGAACUUUGUCACCACACUUGGGCUUCAGGAAAAGUGAAAGGAACCAUCCCCUCACAAGCUCAUCCGCAGGACAUGUGAGAAAGGCCAGGAGGGGGCGCAGUAGAUCAGGCUUUGGACUCAGAAGCAGGACUUGCCAAGUUUCAUCCCUUGCAUGGUAUAUGCUAGAGCGAUGUCCUGGUCCUCUCUCUCCCUUUCCCCUCCUCCCUCUCUCAUAAAUAAAUCUUAAAAGAGAGAGAGAAUAUAUCAGCUAUGAAAUACACGCUGUAAAGCUGUAAAGUCUGGAAUACCACAACACUGACCAACCUGCUGAGCAAGAUUCAUAGCUGUGACAUAGCUUUUACUCAGUCCAGAGCAGACACUCAGAAGGAGCUGGGAGGUUGACGGAGGGCCAGCACACACAUGGAUUAUGUUGACACUGUUUUCCAGAGGAGCCAGUUCAUGUCUGGAACCUCCAUUUUCAGUUAAAACUUUGACUUACAGGGGGGUAAAAAUAAAAAAGUUUUAGGGCUUGGGAAAGAACAUAAUGGUUCUACAAAAAAAGGACUUCCAUGCCUGAGGCUCAGGUUCAGCCGCCAAUACCACCAUCAGCUAGAACUGAGCAGUACUCUGGCAAAAAAAAAAAAAAAAAAAAAAAGUUUGUCCAUCUCGGGUUGAUCUAGGUAACUAUAUUCUGUUUUUUAUUUUGUAUUAAAUAUUUGUUUAUUA